AGCCGCUGACAUUUUGGAUCAGAAUGACUUAGUUUGUUGAAAUCUACCAAUCCUUACAUGGUGGUGAAAGGCCCGAAGAACACGCCCUGGAGGAGUGGGAGCCUACUCGAGGCGAGAGGAGAAAAUUCAUCAUGAGGUUCUUGACGAUUUUCUCUGCUUUUGCUGCAGCUGAACGCAGUGCGCCUGGAAUCCUAGUGGUGCAAAGGAUUUCACAAGAGUUCGAGGCAACCUCGCAUAGGCACGUUGACCUAGCUGGUGAAAACGCGACGUUGGUUCUAGCUACGCAGGCAGACCUUCUUGACAUGCAGAAAGUGAUGCUGCAGCAUAUUGAAAAGGUGAAUUUAGAACUCCAGGAGACUAUCAAGUCAACCUUCAAGGCCUUGGAUGAGACCGUUGCUUCGGAAGUGCAACAGAUGCAGGAUCGUGCUCAAUUCUAUUUGGAGCAGACCUAUGCAAUGCUUUACACCUUGCAGGUGUCGGAGUGGCGUUUGCAAAUGGCUGCACGACAUGGUACUCACGGAAGGUGCUGCUGCCAAGCAACCUCCAUGUCAUCGUGCGAGUGGGUGGAUCAUUGGCUUCUGGUUGGUCAUGAGCGGAUUUGUCCGGCGCACGUGGGCAAGGACUACUUGGACCACUUCACAGAUCGGAUGAAAGCCAAGGCACAGAACGAGCUCACCGAAGACCAAGUUGCCUCUGGCUCAGAUCAAAGCCCGGCCAUGUGCAUAUAUUUACAUAAAUCUACCUUAGUAUCUUGACUUGCUUGCAUGCGAUGCUUUUGCACUUUGACAGACCAAUGAGACAAGGCUGCGUUCAACUUUCUCACAAAUGAAGCGUGGUAUCAGUGGUGUCUGAUUUUUGAGAUGUGGACAUGGACACGGAUUUUUCAUGCUAAUAUCGAAACUUGGUUCCCAGUCUUCCUCAGGCCAAUGAAAUUUUCUGUUAAGGCUCCACUGAAUCGCUUGGUAGACUCGUGUCGCGAGUCCCCAGCGUGGCAGGAACAGGCCAGGAGCGCAGAUUCAGGGCCAGAAGUGCAUUUGCAAGCCACAGCUUUCACAGUGCACCUAUAGGAUCUCCAACAUAAGCUAGAUCAGCCACUUGGGAUUUUCAAAGUGUGCUCAAGACAAGACAAACGAUUGGCAAUCGGAUGGCCAAGGUGGAGGGUCGACAGGAUCGUCUUGUCGAGGCAGUUCCAACUGAUGCACUACAAGCUAUCAAGGAUAUUGCGGUUUGGCAGACCUCCGACUCGGACAGAUUACCUGGAAUAAUUGUGGAGAAUAUGUCUCCAUGAGAUAAUCUGUUUAAAACAAAUGCAGAGGAAAAA